UUCUUCAGAAUUUCUCUUUUUUGCAAGUGAAAGAAAGCAAGUCAUAUUUAGAACGACAUGAUGAGAGUGAUAAAUGGUGACAUGAUGGCAAAAUUGUCAUUGUUGCGAUGAACUAUGCCUUAAAUUUUACUCUCCUGUGUUAGACACUAGCUAUUUAAUUACACGAAUGAACUUAAUGGCAGGCACACGAUCACGACGUUAUUAAGAUACUAUUUUUUUUGCAAGUUUUCCAUUAUUCUGUCAUUUGCGUCCAAACAAACAUGAAGAAACACAUCAUAAAACAUCACAAUUGUUUAUCCCCGCUGAGACAGGUAUAGGGACUAUUGACUAGCGUGAUAGCACAGCUCAAAGCGAAUGUGAUUGGUGCUCCGCGCAGCAUCAGGAGACCUGUGGCUCAUCACUGGAGUCCAGCGGAGAGUCCUUACAGAGACACAGAGCAGAACGCACGCUCCUUCUCCCUGCACGCGCACUUGUGUGGACAAAUUAAGGCUUAUUACUAUACCUGAAGUAAAGAGUUUCAGUUAGAUAAUUAUUCACCAGAAGGAAUCACUAUGGAUUGCUCUGAAGAGGUACAGUCUCUCUCAGAUGAAGCCAGCACUCCCAUCGAGUUGAAGAAAGGAAUGUCAAUAUUUUUGGAUAUAUUGAGAAGAGCUGAUAAAAAUGAUGAUGGGAAGCUGUCCUUUGAUGAGUUCAAGGCUUAUUUCUCAGAUGGUGUUCUGUCAGGAGAUGAAUUAAAGGAGCUCUUCCAUACAAUUGACACUCAUAACACAAACAAUGUGGACACGGAUGAGCUGUGUGAAUACUUCUCUCAGCAUCUUGGAGAAUAUGAAAACGUCCUCGCUGCCUUGGAAGACCUGAACGUAUCCAUACUGAAAGCCAUGGACAAAACCAAGAAGGACUAUCAGGAGGCCACGCAUCUGGAGCAGUUUGUGACACGUUUCCUGUUGAAGGAGACCACCAGUCAGCUGCAGUCUCUCCAGAGCUCUCUGGAGUGUGCCAUGGAGACCACAGCUGAACAGACCCGGCAGGAGAGACAGGGGCCUGUGAAGCCAGAGGUUCUGCCCAUUCAGUGGUCAGGAAGGAGAUCUAAUCGAAGACUUCAAAGGAAUAACAGCUUGUCUCCGAACAACCCACUUCUGAACCUUGUCAAUUCAGGUCUGUAUGAAGAGGACAAUCAAUGGAUAACUCAGAUCAACAGACUGCAAAAGCUGAUCGACCGUCUCGAGAAAAAGGAACUGCGUUUGGAGCCGGUGGAAGAAGAGGUGUUGGGAAGUUCCACCAAAUCACACAUCCUGAUCGUGCAGAGGCAGCUCUCAGUGCUGGAGGAGGAAGUGGAGGAGUUUCGUCUGGCUCUCCGGCAGUACAUCGACUGCGCCAGCGCCCAGACCGGCUGCCUCCAUGUUGCAGUUCAGCGGCUUGCCAACGAAUCCCGCUUCAUACUGUAUGAGUUCUGGGAGCAAAGCAACAUGUGGAAGAAUCAUCUGCAGACUAAUUACAGCAAAACCUUCCAGAGAGGCAAUGUGGAUUUCUUCGAGACGCCAGAGAUUAUGACAACUAUGCUGGUUCCAGCAUCAUGGUGGGUCCUCAACAAUAACUAGAAUCUGUCGACUCCCGUUAGAUGACAGCAGACAUUACGAGGACCACACAAGCCUGGACUGACAUCUGUAUCCCUGUCAUCAGGAACACGUUGUGUUCAUAUUUGCUGUAUAGUCAUAGUGACUAGCACUUGCUUUCAAUGUUGUUACAUUCUUAGCUCUAUAGGAGUAGCGUAAACUGUAGAGGAUAGCAAAUAAAGCAAUGAGAUCUUUGUUCUCCAGUGAUAGCGCUCCAAUCCCAUCAGAGAUGCGUAAGAUAUGUAUUUAUCUGUGCCGUGACAGUACAGUGUUGAGUGCUGUCAGUCUGUCUGUAGCGCAGGUCUGUGUCUCCUCGCGUAGCAGCACUUGACAUGACCAUUUAUUUGAGAAGAUAUACUUCUGUUCUUGUAUUCCAUGUAGUUUGUCAGCUCAGAAUGAACAUAUGAAAUUAAUGUGACCAACCACAAUUUUCGUCUUAAGUUUUGCCAAGUGGAGGUAUAGUAUCAAGUGAUUAAUAAAGUUUC